UAUUUAUAACUGAUAAUAAUAUUGAUAAGAACAAAUGAUAAUCAUGGAGCACGUUGUUUAUGUUUAAACAUAAUUUGACAUUUAUUGAAUAAAGAUUCUAUAAUGAAGAAAAAAGUACCUUUUAUACAAAAUGGUAAAAAAGUCAACAAUCGUCGUGGUAGAUUAAUUAUUCGUAAUCUUCCAUUUACUGUAAAUGAAGAACAAAUACAAGAAUAUUUUUCAAAAUUUGGUGAAAUAAAUGAUAUUAAACUAUUAAGAAAAUCCGAUGGAAAACUUAUUGGUUGUGGAUUUGUACAGUUUGUUGUUAAACAAAAUGCUGCUAAAGCUAUUGCAAAUACUAGUGGAAAAGAUUUUUGUGGCCGUUCUAUUGUUGUCGAUUGGGCUAUACCAAAAAAUAAAUAUGAGACUAUUCAUGCUCCUAAAGAAGAAAAUAUAGAAUAUGUUAAAGAAGAAAAAGAAAUAAAGGAAGAAAUUAUGUCAGAUUAUGAAAAUGAAGAGAUUAAAGAUAAAGUUAAAACUUCUAAAACUAUUGAUGAUUACCUUUCUCUAGAUACUAGUAAUGAUAUAAAGGAAGAACAAUUAAUUGAUUUUGAAAAAUCAAAUUUAGAGAAUGAUAUCAAUUUAAAACGAAAAACUGAUGAUAACAAUAUUUCAAAUGAAAAUAAAAAACAUUUCAAAUCUCAUGAUGCUAAAGAAGGUCUUACAGUAUUUCUGAAAAAUGUGUCAUUCAGUGUAAAAAAUGAGGAUUUAAAACGGUUUAUGAGAGAAAAAUUUGGAUCAGUCUAUUAUGCUCUGAUUUGUGUUGAUAAACUAACUGAACACUCAAAAGGAACUGCUUUCGUUAAAUUUAGGGAUACUACAAGUGUGGAUGCUUGUAUGACGGCUUCACCUGAAAAUUUAACUUUGUGUGGUUCAUUAAUGGAGCCCCAAAUUGCGGUCGAUAAAGAAAUAUUAGAUAAGUCUAAGCAAGAAAAAUUUACUCAUAAAGACAAUAGAAAUUUAUACUUGAUAAAAGAAGGAGUUAUUGUUGCUGGUACUGCUGCAGCCAAUGGUGUAUCUAUAAGUGAUAUGAACAAGCGACUUGAAUUAGAGCAAUGGAAGUCUCAAGUUCUUAAAAAUUUAAAUAUGUUUGUUGCUCGUAAUAGACUUAUUGUUCAUAAUUUGCCUGCUAGUAUGGAUAAUAAAAAACUUAAAGAAUUAUUUAUUAAAUAUACUCACUCAAAAGCAGUUUCAAAAGCUGUAGUUAUGAAAAAUUUAAAAAAAAUUGAUCCAAAAGGAAUUCCUGUUUCUAAAGAAUAUGGAUUUGUGACAUUUAAAGAACACGAGGAUGCUCUAAAAGCUCUUAGAGCAAUUAAUAAUAAUCCAAAUAUUUUCCAUCCUAACAAAAGACCUAUUGUAGCAUUUUCUAUUGAAAACAGACUUGUAUUACAAGCGAGACAAAGAAGAAUAGAUAAAAGUAAAAUUUGUAAUCCUUUAAACAAAAAUUACAAAAAUGAAAAUAUAAAAAUUACAUCCAAUAAAAAUGAAAAUAAUAAACACACUUCUAUAAAAAACAGAAAACAAAAUGAUUUACCUAAUUAUACUGGAAUCACAGCUAAACCAGGUCAUACAUCAAUUCGUCCAAAAUUUAAAUUGAAAAUUCAAUCAGAAGCACACGAAAAAAACGUUAAAACUAAAAAAAAAUUAUCUUUGAAAAAAAAACGAGAGUUAUCACUUAGGAAUGAAAAGAAAAGAGAACCUAAGAUGAAAAGUAAAAAGAAAAAUUCAGCUAAAAAUGAUAUUUCAUUUUCAAAACUAGUAAAUAAGUAUAAAAGCAAGAUAAAUGUACCUGAAACUAUGAAAAAGUGGUAUGAAAAUUAACAACUUGAUCAAUGUUAAGUGUAUAACUAUAAAUUUUUUUCUAUGCUCAUAUUCUUAUGUAUACUAUAAAUAUAUUUUAGUUAAUAAACUUGUUGAUUUGAUCUAUUUUUA